ACCAGCCCCUGCAGGACCACAGCAUGGGCGACGGGAACAGAAUCACCCAGAUGACCCAGGACAUGGCCGAGGAGGUGCUCCUCAUGGCUCAGAGUCUGCAGAGCAGAGGACGCCUCCUGACCAAAGAGCAGCUCAUUGCCUCUGCCAAGAAAGUUGCGACUUCUGGACAGAACUUCGCCAGACUUACCCGCAUCAUUGCUGAGAACUGCAUAGACCACAGGUGUUCUCGGGAGCUCCUGUGUGUCGUGGAGCAGAUCCAAACCAUGAGCAACCAGCUCCGCAUCAUCUCCAGUGUAAAGGCAUCCCUGGCCCGAAGCAAGUCCUCUGAGGAGCUCCUGCUGGGAAAUGCACAGCAGCUCCUCCAUGCCGUCUCCAAGACCGUGCGGGCCGCGGAGGCUGCGAGUCUCAGGGGCUUGAGACAACUGUCCUCGGAUCCCGAGGAGCUGGAAGUGGCCGCCUCCUGCAUGCAGUGGCGAAGGAAACUGCUACGGCACAGGCUUCAGGAGGCCUCAAGCCUGGACUGCGACGAGCUGGGCUUGCGGAGAACGAGCAGGAAAACGCCCCCGACGCUCGGGGCCCUGCUCCCAGAAGCACCGUGAAAGCUGAGAAACAGUCUCCCACUCAAACCCUUUGUGGACGUGGCCCU